CAGACCCGGAAGUGGGCUCAAGUCCUUGGCCGCGGCAGAGGCCGAGGCUCGGGAUUCGAAGGAGCAUGGGGCCACCGCUGUCGCCGCGCGAGUCGGCGAGGUUCGUGGCGGAGAACAGUCGCGACGUGCUCGUGGACCACGAUGGCGUGCGCAGGGCGGCCGAGCUGCUGCUGCCCGCGGCCGCGGCGUGGCGCGUGGAGCAGUGGAAGUCCCUGCACGAGCUCAACCCGCGCGGGGCGGACGAGGCUGCGCUCGGCUGGGUGUUCCUGGUGGACUCGCUCAACUUCUCCUUCUGGGCCGAGCGGGAGGACAGCAAGUGUGCGGUGCGCUACGGCGGGACGCCCUACACCGGCUACUGGGCCCUGUGCGCCGCCGUCAACCGCGCGCUCGACCAAGGGAUACCGAUAACCAGUGCCUCCUACUACGCCACAGUGAGCCUCGAGCAGGUGCGGGAUAUAUUUCGUUCAGACACAGCUGUGCCCAUGCCUUUAAUGGAAGAGAGACAUCGGAUUCUCAAUGAAACUGGGAAAAUCCUGCUGGAGAAGUUUGGAGGCUCUUUUCUUAACUGUGUCCAAAAAAGUGGAAGAAGCGCGCAGAAGUUAAUGCAGCUGAUUGUUGAGAACUUCCCUUCUUACAGGGACGAGGCAGAGUUUGAGGGGAAAAGGAUCGCCUUUUACAAACGAGCACAGAUCCUCGUGGCGGACACAUGGAGUGUGCUGGAGGGCAAGGGAGAUGGCUGCUUCGAGGACAUCUCCAGCAUCACCAUGUUUGCUGACUACAGGCUGCCUCAGAUUCUCGUGUACCUUGGAGCUCUGAAGUACUCAGAUGAGCUACUAAAGAAGCUCCUCAAAGGAGAGAUGCUCUCGAAUGGAGAUAAACAGGAAGUAGAAAUUAGAGGUUGCUCCAUUUGGUGUGUCGAGCUGAUCCGGGACCGUCUUCUGGAGCUUCUUGAAGAAAAGGGCAAAAACUCUCCUGUUGAGAUCAACUCUGUUCUUCUGGACUAUCACCUGUGGGACUAUGCCCGCGAGCACAGGGAAGACAUGAAGGGAAUCCCAUUUCAUCGCACACGCUGCAUCUACUACUGACCCUGAGCAUAGUGACUCCAGUUGAAACCCUUGCAACUUUAGAUCCUACAGUCACUUCUCAGUUCUGAUUUGCUAUAAAGAUAGAAAUUACCCGCCUGAUGGUGGUGCACGCCUUUAGUCCGAGGCUGGUGGACCUCUGUGAGUUCAAGGAGAGCCUGGUCUACAGAGUGAGGGCAGCCAGGGCUACACAGAGGGAAAAAGGAAAAAGACAAGUAGAAGAUAGAAAUUACAGGAAUGGGCAGUUGACUGUCCAGUCACCAUUCAUUUUUUCCCCUAGGCAUAGAAAUGUGUGUUCCUAUAAUCAUACUGCGUAGCCUUCAGCGAUCGUGUCCAUGUCUUUGGUUGGUAGCUUUUCUCCACUGGUAAUCUUAGUCGCUCUCUUUUCCUUUUUUUUUUUUUUUUUUUUUAGUGGUCCCGGGGAUUAAGCCUAUAUAACCUUGUGUAUGUCAGGCAAGUGCUGUACCACUGGGUCACACUCCCAGCUCAGUGAUUUUCUAUAUGCUACAAUAAUUUAAUAUGAAAUAGAGGUAGUCCUUGAUAUAUGGACGGUUGCUUUUAUAAAAAUCAACUGUGAACACUUGGCAUGGUGGCACAUACCACCGUACAUAUGGAGGCUAUGUAAUCUGGGUACUCAGAAGAUGGAAGAUGGAUGGUCAUGAGUUCUAGGCCAUCCUGACCACUCAGAAAGCAGAAGUAAAAAGACCUUCACCAGUGCA